AUGGAGGGCAAGAAUAUUCCUAAGCACAAAACAUGUCAGCAGUGUAAACUGCGCAAGGUCCGCUGCGAUGGACGACGAGGAAUAUGCGGGAAUUGCGAGAGACUUCGAUUCAACUGCUCCUUUCAAGGAUCUCGUCUGUCUUCAUCGAAACCAGAGCGACUUCGUGUUCGACAGGCCUGCAAUCGAUGCCAUUCUCUGAAAGUGCGUUGCAGUGGGAACCUGCCGUCGUGUGGAAGGUGCCAGAAGAAAGGGCGCGAGUGUGUCUACUCGCGCGAGGACAACCAACACAGCCCAUCGUCUUCGCCUCCAGCCACUCUUGCAGUGGCUAGAUCGUUAUCUGACCAGCAAUGUGCCAACCCAUCAGCAGAAGAUGAGCGAAGAAAACGAAGAAAGAUACACGAUCCUGAUUCCUUCGUCGAACCAGAUAGCGAAACGAUUCAAGAAGCCUUCGAGAUCUAUUUCCGUCAUUUCUACCCACUCCCCGGCUAUGCUUUUCUGCAUCGAGCGUCUCUAUACGAUCGGUUUAACCGUGGCGAGGUGGACCAAUGUCUACUCCUCUCCAUCGUUGCUUUAGCGAGCUGCCUCAAAGAAGAUGUCCAUCCAAUAAGCCCGGAAUACGGCACAGAAUGUCUAAAGAGAGCAGAGCAAACCAUCCUGGCCGACCUCUCCCAUCCAUCCAUCAUCCGCACACAGGCUCUUCUUCUCGUCAUUCGCUGCAAGAUGUGGAAGGGCGACUUUUCUUCCGCUUUUGCUUUGGUUGCGAUUCUGGCCCGGUUUGCAUUUGUCUUGCGAUUGAAUUUUGAGAACCCCCGUGUGUGUUUCCUUGCACAAGAAACUCGGCGUCGUCUCAUGUGGGCGAUAUAUAUGCUCGAUACUAGCUGGGCGGGAGGGCUGUUGGAAUUUACCACCUGCCCUGUGGAUGCUAUUCACGUCAAUAUUCCGUGUCAUGAGGAGAAAUUUGAGCUGGAUAUUCGGCAGCAAACACAGCCUCUGCUACGGGUCAAUAGCCAAUCUGCUGACCUAGGGCUUCUGGCUUAUAAUGUUCGCGUGGCUUAUUUGAGAGACAAGGUUCUAAGACAUGCAAAAGGCUUUGCAGCAGGCAGCUCCAGUCCACAUAAUAUUGUACAAGGGAUUCAAAAACUCGAAAACGAGCUUGAACUGUUUCAAAACAGGAUAUCUUCGUCUUCAGCAUACUCAGUGCGAAAUUUACGCCUGCGAGCCCGCUCAACGUGGCUACCACGAUUCAUUAUGCUCCAUAUAACAUGGCACCAGUGCCACUGCGAUCUCUACCGUUGCGUCAGCAGUGGACUCGAAGAAUCGAUUCCUCAAUCUACUCUACGGCAAAUUGACAGCUCUUUUAUAACAACGUGUCAGACGCGCUGUGUGACGCAUGCGACUGAGAUUGCCAAAAUCAUAUCCGCUCUUCUUGACCUGAAGACCAAUUUGCCUGUGCUUCCACUUGAGGUAUCUAUCUACGCCUACCAAUGUAUGCGUAUGAUACUUUAUCGCUCCCGGAAUUAUGCAAAUGGAUACUACAUCGACCGUGAAACGAUCCAUAGCUACGGCCACUCGUGUCUAGAAAUGGUCAAGGUACUCGCCCGUCAGUCCCCGUCGGUGCGAAGAAUUGAGUCAGACCUCGAGUCACUCAUCGCCAAUGGCGUACAGAAGCUGCCCUCCCCCGAAUACCCCCCUAGUCCGCCAUCCAGCAGCGGAGAAAGCACAUCUCAUCCGAAUCCACGACAGAUUCUUUCAAUUCAUAGCUUAAUCAAUCACUCCCACUUUGACGACGACAGCGAUAGGCUGACUCUACCCCCUGAUACACAUUCUUCUGUUCCUAUAACAGACCUCGUGAAAUCCGCUGUAUCCCCGUUGAUAGACCUCAACAGUCGUCCGGAUAACUUACAGCCAAGUCAAGCUUUAUGCGAUGAUGUGUGGCUGAACCAGAAUAAUGCUUUUGAGGGGGCUUGGGAUGGGCCUGAGAUUGAGCUUGAUAUUGUGCGACAUUCUCAGGGACAAUGGGAUGGGUUGGCUGCCUGGUGAUUAAUAUUAGCAUUAAUAAAGAUAAUUCAGCC